GCGGGGCCGGGAGUCGGCCCUGCCCUUGAGCGGCUCGGGGGCCGCCCGUGGCCUCGACAGCGCGGGGCUCUCCGCCCCAGCCCUUCCCGGGGGCACGGGCCGCGGUACUGUCCCCCCCCGCGCCGCCGCUUGCCCCCCAGACGGCUGCGGCAGGGCCGGGCGAGGAGCCGGUGAUUCUUGCCCGGGGUGACCCUCGCUCCCCCGCCGCGUCCCGGCGGGACCCUUUGCCCUGGAGGGCACCAUGGCCGGGCUCGGGCGACCGCGGGGCGAGCGGCAGGCGGGCAACGGGCUGGGCAGCAUCCUCGACGUGCUGUUGGCCAACGCCAGGCUGGUGCUGGGUGUCAGCGGUGGGGCUGUGCUCGCCAUCGCCACGCUGGCCGUCAAGCGGCUGAUAGACCGAGCCACCAGCCCUCGCGAUGAAGGCGACCCUAAGGCUGAGCAGAAGAUGCUGGAGGAGAGCUGGCAGGACUUGGCCUUGAUCAAGGCAACACCAAAACCCCCCAAGAAGCAGAGAAGGGAAGACCUCAGCCAGCCUCUACUCCCUCCGGUUCAGCCACCGGCACCAGAGACUCCUCAGGUCAAAUCCAUCUGCCUCACACUGCAGGAGAAGCUCCUCUCGCACUACAGCAGCUGGCUGGCCGUGCCUGAGGUGCAGGUGUCCAUCGCCCCACAGCUGGCCAGGAGCAUCGGCACCCAACUGCAGAACUUCUUGUGGAGCAAGUGCCCAGAGAUGCCCUUUGGCAGACUCUUCCUCAGCGGUCCUCUGCUCGAUGGCCUCGGAGCUCUGGCAGCUGACCAUAUCCACCUCAUGCUGCCGGUGGUCCUCGACACCGCGCUGUGGAGCCUUAUCCCGGGAGAGGACACCGUGGUGAGGAACCCCCAGUACUGGCUGAUCAAGAGGACUGAUCUGGAGUAUUUCCCUCGUGGGUGCAGCCCCUGGGACAGGUUCAUCGUGGGCCAGUACCUCUCCUCCAAUGUGCUUAAUGAGACCCUCCACAAGAUGCUGGUGGCCUCCAUCAACUGGCCUGCCAUAGGUAACCUGCUGGGGAGCGUCAUCUACCCGGUCGUGGCCUCCCAGGAGCUGAGGCUGGAAGUCAAACAUGAUCAGGUCGAGCUGAGCAUAACCCUCUUCCCAGUGGUGGAAAUGGAGGGCAAGGUUCUUCUAGCUGUUCCUCCUGAAGGACUGGUGGAAAACCUCUGGCUUGAGAGCUUUUACAAGGCAGAGGUCUCAAAGGUGAAGGAGCUGGAUGCAGCUGAUGCUGGGGCUCGACAGCACUGCCUCCGCAUCCUGAACGGCAUCUGCAAGAGCCAUCCUGCCCUGCACAAACUGAGCGGCAGCCCCUUGACCCAUGUCAUUCUUCACCUCAGUGCCACCAGUUCAGACUGGGCAGAAGAAAGCCUUGCUGACAGGUUCCAGCAGGUGCUUGAGGAGCUGGUAGGCUACCUGGAGAAAGGGGUCCUGCCUUCCUAUUUCAACUGCAAAAUCAACCUCUUCUGUGAGCUGUUGGAAGAGGAAAUCGAUGAGAUGGGCUUCCUGCUUUACAGGGCCAUAUCGGAGCCAGAGCUCCUGCUGAGGGAGAAAUGACUGGGGUGUUGAGAGCUCCCGAACAUGGGGUGUUCCUCGCCCAUCUGCUGCUCCUCGCUGCGAGGAUUGUGAUGGUUCUAGUUGAGUAGUCAGUAAGAGGCAAAGUUCUUGCACUUUAAGAGAAAAAAAAUAUAUUUAAUGUUUGAAUAAAAUGUGUCUGAGUGGAGGUGAGCGUUGGCGUAUGGAGCCUCUGGCUGGGAGGCUCCGCCAAACCCGGGGUGGGUGCAGCCCAUACCUCGAGCACCUUCAGGUGAGUCCCAUCCACUGGGCAUUGCGAGCCAACACAAAGCAUGUUUGGUCUCUGGUUCCCAGUGUCCCCUGCCUGUCCCAGCCGUCAGGUUCCCCUGUGCUCUGAGACCAGCUGGAACUGGAGAAGAGCAGUUCCUUGCUGCUGCUGUGUUCUGCAGCAUGCUGGGUGGGUCCUUGCACCAGCACCCAACCGGUCUUACUGUGCCAUCCCCUCAAGCCAGCCUUUGGGACAGGGUGGGAGCCUUAUCCUUCUGUAGCAUGUUGCCAAUCUGAAAUAAAGCCCCAGCGAUGACCUGGGUGGUUGUCUGGGCACUUGAAGGUACAGCCAUAGCAAGCGGGGCUGGGGGUUUAUUCUUUGGAAACCCUUUCAGCUGCCAAAAGGGGCGAGCUGAGCCCUACCUCUUCAUUCUGCCAGUAUUGGCUCUGUCCCGAGGAAGGGGCGUGCUUCCAGCACGGACCUGGGGCUUCGUGGCCCUUGUCCCACACGGUGUUUUGCUGGAAGAUGUCCUGAAAAAGACGGAGGCAGGAAGAGAGCUGCUGACUCCUGGGAGGCUCCUGGAAUUGGUCCCUUAGUGGAGGCUGCAGCAGUGCUGUGUGUCCCCUCCCCGGUAGGUAGGUUGCUGCCAGCGCCCAUCUGGGGGUACUCGCUGCUCUGCAGUGUCCCCUUCCAGUCUGUCCAGUGACCUUUUCACACAUGUAUCGCUGCUGUCUUGAGGUCCUGUCCUGGAGCUCCAGGGUAUGGGGCAGGAAAGUAGGACAGAAACGAUGCUCUGAGCAGAGCACUUGCAAGAACUGAAACUGUUCAUGCUUUUUAUUAAGAAGGUAUGUUUUGUUUGGGUAUUUUGUUUUGUUUUUUUUCCUUUGAGUGGCUGCUAGUAAGCUUUGGUUCUGGCCGUAGCCCCAGGGAGAUGAAAUGUAUUCAUGUAUUUAAUGGGAAGAGCUAGGUUUGCACAGUGGUGGAGGUGGAGAAGUCCUGUGGACUUCAAUGUGAGCAGCUGUUGCGGUUUACUUUUCUUUACAGCUAUCAUCUUGUUUAUGGGAGGAAAAAACGCACUGCUUUUCUUCCCAGUCUGAGGAUUGCUUACUUUGUUCCUCCAAACCACUUCCGAGGUGUUAGUGAUGAGAAUAAACCUUCCCUGUGUAUAUUGGUU